AUGGCCUACAACAAAGGCUACAAUCCCGACGCGCUCCCCGCGCACGCUGAGCCUGACCAGGCCGCCGCCGCGCUGUCGCAGGCCCAGCAGCAGCGCAUCUCCCCGCGCCCCUCGUACUCAUCGCCGCGCCCCAGCGGGCCCGACUACAACAAGCCACCGCCCCCACUGCCCAACCACGGCGGCGGCGGCGGCGGGCACUACUACAACGACGGCCGCCAACACAGCCCUCGAUUCGGCGGCGGGCCUCCCCCGCCGCAACAUGGCCAUCACGGUAGCAGCGCUGGAGGCGGUGUCGGUGGCUACUCGUCGCCGCCGCCGCAGAAUUACGGGGCGGCGCCCGCGCCCUCCAGCUUCAACCACGGGCGCCCGCCGCUGAGCCAGGCCGGUCGUCCCCCGCCGACGCCUGUGCCGCCGCGCGACCCCAACGACCGUGAGGCGCUGUGGCGUCUGUUCGGUGCCGUGGACAAGAACCGCAGUGGGCAACUCAGCGAGAGAGAGCUGGGUUCGGCGCUGGUCAAUGGCGAUUGGACGUCGUUUGACUCGCACACGGUGCGGAUGAUGAUCAGGAUGUUUGACACGGACCGCUCCGGCACCAUCAACUUUGACGAAUUCUGUGGGCUCUGGGCCUUCCUUGCCGCAUGGCGUACACUUUUCGACCGCUUCGAUACGGACCGCAGCGGCUCCAUCUCGUUCAACGAGUUUUCAGAAGCACUCGUGGCGUUUGGCUACAGGCUGAGCCCGCAGUUCGUUGCGAUACUGUUCCGCACGUACGACCGUCGCAACCAGAAUGCCAUCAGCUUCGAUUUGUUUGUUCAAGCCUGCAUUAGCUUGAAGCGCAUGACGGAUGUGUUCAAGAAGUAUGACGAGGAUCGUGAUGGCUAUAUCACUCUAAGCUUGUAA